AUGGCUUCGGUCACUAAGCUUUGCGAGUAUUGCUCGCUGAUCGACUUUAGCUACCUUCGCAACCCUACUGCAGCGGAAAUUGACUCUCUCAACGCGGGCGAAAGGCCUACUGAGGAUCGAUUUCCCCUCAAGUUUGGCCAGCCUAUCGACGGCGACCCGAGUUGGACCCUGGGUCGCACGAGCCGAAUCCGUGCCUCGGCGGCCACCUGUGUCUUUUGCGAAGCUGCCAAAGAGGUUCUUGAUCAGUACAAUGAUGAGCUCAGGAAGUUGGCCGGUGUUGGCUUGACGGAUCCCUUGUGCUAUGCUACAUGUGACAUUGCCGGGGCCUUACAACCUCCGAAGGGCACUGCUUGGGAAGGAGCUCAGCCCGGAGAGGCGAAUCCGGAGUUUAUCAUGAGACGUUUGGCGAUUUACUUCAUUCCGUUCGACGAUAACACCAAAAACGGACUAAAUCCUGGACGUGUGGGUUUCAAGGAGGCAUCUUGGAAGCGGAUAUUUCACUGCUUUCAGACGUAUGAUGCCGCAAUAUCGCAGGAUUCCUUCAACGUGAAAGCCUUCUUUGGAGGCACCCAUGAUCCAGGCGAUAUCCUCUUUGUGGGGAGAAAGAGACCAUCUAAGGUGGACAUGCGUCUUCCGAUUCAAUGGCUUAAACAUUGCAAGGAAAACCACGCCUCAUCGUGUGGUUUUGCAAGAGCGGAAGAUCAAGACGAAGAUCAAGACGGAAACCAAGGCAUAGCUGGAGGCUCCAGGCAUCCAGUUCCUGGACAUAUGCCUGGAUAUAUGCCUGUGUUUCGUCUCAUAGAUGUCGAAACGAUGGCAAUUGUGGAACGCACAGACGUACUACUCAAAGAUCUGAACUACCUGACUUUGAGCUACGUUUGGGGUAAAACCCCCCAGAAAGAGAUGUUAUUCGAGGCGAAUCGGAACAAGCUUCAAAAAGAGAACUCACUCAAAGGCCGCCUCUCUCGGACCAUCGAAGAUGCCUGCACAUUCACGAAAGACAUGGGGACUCGAUACAUAUGGGUAGAUGCUCUCUGUAUUGUUCAGGAUAGCGAUGCAGACAAAGCAGUGCAGAUCGGAAAGAUGGCGGACACAUACGUGAAUGCCUUGCUCAACAUCAUUGCUGCCAGCGGCAAAGACUCUCACGCCGGUUUGCCUGGUAUUUCAACUGACCGGAACCGGUUGCAGAAGGAGAUCACCAUAAGAACAUCGAAAUCCGAGGAAGGGAUAUGCCUGUUAUCCACGCUGAGCCAUACAUCAAGCCGAUUUUCAAACUUUACCUCGGACACGACAUGGUCUUCCAGGGGUUGGACAUUGCAAGAACGAGCCGUCUCAAGAAGGAGCAUCACGUUUCUUGACGAGCAAAUCACCUGGGCCUGUUGCGAGUCACACUGGAGUGAGGAGACCAACUCAGAGGCAUCCGCUGUUGUCUCAUGGUUCAACUUGUCAGGUUCCGAAUCCUAUCUCAAUUCGGCGUACAGAGACCGGUACGCACCUGAGAUGGAUGGCGAUCAGAUGUGGCACAAACUGCAUCGUCUCGCGCGUGAUUAUUCGAACAGAGAGCUCACUGGGGAAGGUGAUGCCUACGAUGCCUUCUCAGCUAUUAUUCAACAGGCACAGGAGAUGUCCGGAGAGCAAUUCUUAUGGGGCCUUCCGACCUCAAGAUUCGAACUCGGCUUGUGCUGGGAACCAAACUUGGAGGGGGUGAGAAGGCGUUCAGCCCUUACUACUCUCCCGACGACAUCUCUUAAGAAAAAGGUCUCAUUCCCCAGUUGGAGUUGGAUCGGCUGGAAAGGCCCUAUUGGGCUGACGAUUGAAGAUCGCCAUGUUGAAGCCGGGCUGGAUCCCGUGAUUUCUUGCUACAUUCUGAGACGCGAACCAUUGAGACUAGUUCAAGUCCGCCUCUCGUUCUUGGAUAAUCCUAAAAACCCACCUGUCGCAAGAGGAAGCUCUGCAGUUUUCCUCGAUGUGGUCAAGGAUCACUAUCCUGCUUUGACGACUGAAGUACUCGAUAGAACACCGGAAGAUCAGAUUCUAUUGUUCUGGGCCGACUCGGCGCGUUUUCGAGUGACGGGGCCCAUCAAGUCAGACCUCUGGCAGCCUGGCUGGAACCCGCUUGAGAGAAACCAGCACGCAUACUAUGUCCAGCACAUAAUUGACUCUGAUGGCAAAAAAGUAGGCGAAACUGGCCGAUGCAAAGAAAACUUUGCUGCUGGUGCAAGCAAGAGCGGAGAGUACGAAUUUGUAGUUAUCGCAGAAAACACGGCACCUCCAGAUUUCGAGAAGAAACAAGUUGCAUUGCAAGUUGCACGCAGAUCCGAUGGAGUUGCAUACCGCAUCAACAUUGCCGAGAUCAGUCAGGUUGGGUGGGAGAACGCAACCGUGACUCAUGGGUUGAUUGCACUGGCAAGCGAGGAGGGAGUGGCGUAG